UUAUAAACCUCUCCCUCCUUCGACGUCAGCUUUUGGAAACUCGGCAAGGGAAAGUUUAGGAAGAAAAAAGUGCACUGUUGUCUAUGUAUGGAUCUGAACGACUCUCUACAGUAGAGAAAACUAGUGCAGUAACGUUCUAUCCCCAAAUGGCGAGUGCGUGGCAUCCGCUUUGAAAACCCGGUGCAGACGCGAUUUAAGGACUGGAUGCAAACUUUUCAUUAUUUGAUGGAUUUUGUGUUAUUUCUUAUCCGGACGGACUGAGGCAGAGUAUCCAAACUGAAUUUACUGGUGGCAUUUUUUUAUGGGAAAGAAAAUCCAUGAAAUUGAAACGAGAACCAUUUUCGCUCUGGAUGAUUUUAAAGCGCAUGUCUGUGCUUGUGUGUUAGUAACGAAACGGAAGGUAUUUUAAACUUUAAAGUUAACAAACUUUCGAAACAAACAAUGGCAAAGAAAUACGACUUCCUCUUUAAACUGCUGCUUAUUGGUGAUAGUGGUGUUGGCAAGACGUGUUUGAUCAUCCGAUUUGCGGAGGAUAAUUUUAAUUCAACAUACAUAUCAACUAUUGGUAUUGACUUUAAGGUGAAAACCAUUGAAGUUGAGGGGAAGAAAGUAAAACUGCAAGUCUGGGACACAGCGGGACAGGAAAGGUUUAAGACCAUCACUACUGCUUACUACAGAGGAGCUAUGGGCAUCAUCCUUGUGUAUGACAUCACUGAUGAAAAAUCCUUUGAGAAUAUUCAGAACUGGAUGAAGAGCAUCAAAGAAAAUGCAUCAGCAGGUGUAAGUCGGAUGUUACUGGGAAACAAGUGUGACAUUGAGGCCAAAAGGAAGGUGUUGAAGGAGACGGGUGAGAAGCUUGCAAAGGAACAUGGUAUUCGAUUCUUCGAGACUAGUGCAAAAUCAAGCAUCAAUGUUGACGAGUCUUUCGCCGCUCUUGCUCGGGACAUUUUGCUGAAGUCAAAUAAGAAGUCGGGUCCGGCCGGUCGAGAGGUUAAACUUACCAGCACAGAGAAAAAGUCUUCUAAAUGUCUUCUUCUUUAGCUAUGCCUUCAUUCUAAGGACAGGCUCACUAUGCACACAGAGCACUGCAGUGUUAAUGCCAGAGUUAUUUGCAAAGUGAACAUGGAAUGAAAAUAGGAAGAGUCAAAGAAAGGCUCUUGUAAGUGUGAUGUGAAAUAUUUGAUAUGAGAUAGGAAACAGGUUUUUGCCUUCAUGUCUUUAAAGGAAAUUCAUAUCACAUUUCAUGUUUUUUUUGCACUACACAACAAAAACAGCUCAUUGGCUAGGUUAGAAUGAUUGGUAUUAAUUUGCACAAUAAGUUUUGCUCACCUCAGUGUUAUUUGUAGGGUAGACAUACAACAACAACCCGUUUAGUCAUUUAAUGAAAAUGGAAUGUAUUUCAUAUAUACAGGUUAAAAUAUAGACCAUUUGACAACCAUUAGCAAGUUGUUUCAAAAUGUUAAAUGUUUAAAAAAAGUACCAUCUAUUUUGACAUGGAUGGCAUGAGUGAAUUUAGGAUGUUGAGUGAGUGUGAAAACAGAAUUGAUGGAUUGCAGAUGGAAAAAUAAGAGUAUUGUAAUGAAAAUUCGCCACACAUUUUUCCCUAAAGGGAUUAUUAUCAGAUUUAAUCUACAGCUGUUUCACCAUAAAGUUUCACUCCUAUUUUUUAUCUCAAGUGUUUCACUGCCCUAUUCCAACUUUUGAUAUGCUUUCGGACAUUUUACUUGUAUUUUAAUAAAGAAGGAAA